AUGCUGUCUGUCGCGGUCUCCGCUAGGAGCGUUUCCUCUCUCGCACACCCAUGUCGUCGCGCGCCACCCCUUACGCGCCGAUGUAGUGUCACCACCGCUCUCCCGCGUAGUACUACCGCUUCCGCACCUUCUUCCGCUUCCGCGUCCGCUUAUUCCGCUUCUUCCGCCUCCGCCGCCGCUUCUCGCUGCGCCGCCCGUUUCUCUCCGUUCUCGUCCGCGGGUUUCCGGUCGUUCAAAAAUUUCGCGCAGGCAUUGCCUCAAGCGGCAAGAGCAUCCCCGUUAGUAACAGUCAUGAGUUACCAGCAGCACCGCCGGCAGCAUCACAGCGACCGGGAAUCCCCUCAGCAGCACCAAGAAACCGUUCGCGCUGCCGCCUUUCCCGUGUCUGUGGCUGACGGCCGCCGGUUCCACAACCUGCUAGCCGACUAUGACCCCUCUCAGGCUGCUGUAGCGCAAGUGGAGCAAAGGGUCCGGGAACUAGGGGUCCCUGCAGGAGCAGGAGUGACAGUAACGGGGGGAGGCGGAGUGAAUGUCACGGGAAAACCAGGAGUGUCUGUAACAGGGGAAGGCCGGGGUGAGGAGAGCGGGUUGGGGUCGUCACUGCCAGGUGUCGGGCCGUCUUCGGCUGUUCAGUCUGAGGAGGAGUUUCUUCGAGCAGGCUUGGAGCUUAAGGAUCAGGGGGCAUGCUAUCCUCUAUGUGGGGCUGCUGAGACAAACGUGAGUGUCUUCAAUCGUCCCUCUCUCCGCCCCCCUCCCCUCUCUCCGCCCCCCUCCCCUCUCUCCCCACUCUUUCCCUUUCUCCCCACUCUUCCCCUUCCUCCCCCCUUCCCCCCCUCCCCCUUCCUCCCCUCCCACUACUCCAUAGUGCAAGCCACGUGGACGAACGGAGCGCCAGCUCGCAGGGUGCGGGACCCAUUCCUCUAUGUGGGCCUGCUGGGGACAGCCUGGGUGUGCUUCCGAGCCUAUCAUGCCACAGGAGACGUUGCUGACCUGGCACUUGCUGCUGACAUCAUCCGGGCUGCUGCUGACAUGGCGGAGCGCCACCGAACGCAUUACACGUUCUACUGCGGUCAACCAGGAAUCCUCGCCAUGGGAGCUGUUGUGCAACAUCAUCUCAAUCAUCACUCCCAGCAGCAGCAGCAGCAGCAGCAGCACCAGCAGCAGCAGCACGAGGAGCUCGACUCCAAUCCCUACCUCCGCUCCUUCCUCUCCCUCCUCACCUCCGCCCUCCCCUCGCUCUCCCUCCUCCCCUCUUCCCCCACCGACACCGCACCAGCCACCAUCCCCCACGAGCUACUAUACGGCAGAGCGGGCAUGCUCUGGGCCUUCCUGUUCCUACGCAGGAACCUUCCUGUGGAGAUGCGGAGGAAGCUUCUUCCGCUCUCGCUCGCCCGCCCCAUUGCUGCUGCCAUUGUGGAUGCUGGGCUGUCCCUUGCGUCGACUUAUAAUCAUGAUGGCGACCCCCUCCCACCCCUCAUGUACGAAUGGUACGACACCCGGUACCUGGGGGCAGCACAUGGCGUGGCAGGGAUAGCACACGUGCUGCUGCUGCUGAGGAGAGAAGAACUAGAGGAAGAACUGGAGGAAUUGGAGGAGGAGAGGGGUACAACGGCCGGCGUCGGGGAAGCAGCAGUGGGAGGAGGCAGUGCAAGGGAAAAGAGAGACAGGACACUGGAGGAGGCAGCAGAGGCAGCGGCAGCAGCUCUGGAAUACCUCAUAGCCACUCGCCUGCCUUCAUGGAACUAUGCUGCGAGCGACGGGGAGAGCCGAGCGGCUGCUGCUGCACUCAGAAAAGCACAUGCACGAGAAAGCAGUAGCGCUGCUGCUACUGCUUCUGGGGGUGGGAGCACGGGUGCUGGGGAAGGGGAGUUAAGGGAGGUGCGAGAGGUGGAUCGCUCAGGGGAGGGAGAGGUGAGGGAGGUGCGAGAGGUGGAUCGGUUGGUGCAUUGGUGUCAUGGCACCCCUGGUGUGGCUCCAGCUCUCGCCCAUGCUGCCAUGCUGUUCCCAUCCAAGCCACACCUGCUGCAAGCAGCCAUCGAGGCUGGGGAGGUGGUUUGGCACCGAGGCUUGCUGCGUAGGGUCGGCCUCUGCCACGGCAUCAGCGGCAACGCCUACACCUUCCUGGCUCUCCACCGAGCCACAACCGCAGGCUCGGCAUCGGCCUCUGCCCCAGGCUCGAGAUCAGCUGCUGCCGAGGGCACAGGAACUCCUAGAAAUGCCAUGUCAGCAUCGCCCGCGGCUCUGACCAGAGGAGACACUGCCAAGUCAGCACUGAUGACAUGUCACCUCCACAGGGCACGUGCAUUUGCUGGUUUCCUGCAUGCCAACUACGAUGCACUGUGGGGACCACCCGUUCUCCCUGAUGGAAGGAAACGCCAGCCUGUCAUUUCCCACCCAGCUGCUCCACCCAUGAGUCAGAGCCGCCACAGGCAGCAGCAGCCCCAUGCUCUCCGUGCCAUCCGCCUGCCUGAACACCCUCACCAGAGCGUGGUCCUCAAACCCUCUUAUCUGCUCUCAAAAUACCACCGGCUCAUCAUUUCUCCCCCAGCUGCUCCAUCACGUGAGUCAGAGCUCGGACGGGCAGCAGCAGCCCCACGCUCUCCGUGCCAUCCGCCUGCCUGA